AUGGGCAGCGACAGUAUCAAGGGCAAUAAACGUCUUCAUGAAGACGAAGGCGACGCUUACGAACGCAAUGACGGAGCAAAUCUUCAACCACUAGAUGUGAUGUGUAUGAAGAAGAUUCUACAAUCCAUGGGAGCUGACAAAUAUGAGCCACGUGUCGUGGCACAGCUGCAGGAGUUCGUGCACCGAUAUGCGACAGAAAUUCUAGUGGAUGCUCAGGAAUAUUCCAUGUAUGCGGACAAGCAGAUGAUUGACCCCGACGAUAUUCGACUGGCUAUUGCGUCAAGAAUGAACCACCACUACGCUCAAGUGCCGUCUCGGGACCUAAUGAUGGAGCUAGCAGACAAGCGCAACAGUAUUCCUCUGCCGCCCAUCUCAAACGAGUACGGUGUGCGUCUUCCACCGCUCCAGUACCAAUUGAUCACGAAAGAGAUUCACCGGCAGGACCAGAAAACGCCACACACACCUCGUCUUGGAGAUGUAACAGAUUUUGGAGGUGGGAGCAGAGGAGCAACUCGACCACCAAUGCACCCGCGCAUUGAGGGCUCGCGCAACAAGAAGUUUGCUCGUAGUCCGAUUCCCAUUAACCUUAAUCCGAGCAUGUAG